AUGUCUGACGAGGUCAAGGGGAACAUUACCCGCGAGCUAGAUCAGCACAACUUGAGGUGGUGCCUCACGUUCUGCUACUACGGCGUGGCUUUGGUCAGCACGGAGCUGUUUAAACUGCCAGACGCUGAGCUGUGCGGCAGCAUUGGUGUCGAUCAGGAGGGGCAGGUUUGCCAGGCUUCGUGUCAAAUGCUGUCCCAGGAAGACUACCUUGGUCUCUUGUGGACAACGCUGUCAGAAAUUCCAGGAGUAUUGCUUGCAAUGUUCGUUAUCGAAAAAGUUGGUCGCAAGCGAACGAUUGCCUAUGGUCUUCUCAUCUUCGUCGUGGCCAUCCUGCCUCUGCUGCUAUGUAUCCAGAGUCGGACGCUGCUGACAGUAGUGUUGUUCGUGUGUCGCGGAAUGGUGGCAGGCGUCUUCCAGGUCGCCUAUGUCUACACUCCGGAGGUAUACCCAACUCAUCUGCGGGCUAUCGGCUUGGGCUGCUGUGGGGGCGUAAGCCGCUUUGGGGCCAUGAUCACACCGAUCGUGGCUCAGGUGCUGGUGACUGUCUCCGUGCGGUACACGGCGCUGGUGUACGCCGGCGUGGCAUCCCUGGCAGCGGUCAGCGCGCUGCUUCUGCCCAUCGAGACUGGCGGCCGGGACAUGGAGUAGCGCUUCUUCCCGACCGGACGAGCGGGCCGCGCCGGCCGCCACCCUGCGGCUGACUGCCCCCUCUGGAGCAGUUCGGAGACGAGGACCGGACGAGCGGGGACGCGCUGGUCGCCACCCUGCGGCUGGCUGCCCCCUCUGGAGCAGCUCGGAGACGAGGACCGCACGAGCGGCGCCGCGCUGGUCGCCCUGGAGCGGCACGGAGACGAGGACCGGACGAGCGGCGCCGCGCUGGUCGCCCUGGAGCGGCUCGGAGACGAGGACUGGACGAGCGGGGCCGCGCCGGCCGCCACCCUGCGGCUGGCCGGCCGCCCUGGAGCGGCUCGGAGACGAGGACUGGACGAACGGGGCCGCUCUGGAGCAGCUCGGAGACGAGGACUGGACGAGCGGGGCCGCGCCGGCCGCCCUGGAGCGGCUCGGAGACGAGGACUGGACGAACGGGGCCGCCCUGGAGCAGCUCGGAGACGAGGACUGGACGAGCGGGGCCGCUCUGGAGCAGCUCGGAGACGAGGACUGGACAGCAUUCCGCAGGCAUUGGGACUGUCGCCAGCAGGACUCUGUUGCCUUUCAUAUGCGUGUGCUGUUAUAAAUGAUAAUAUUGGCGAGGGCUCUAUGCGGUAACCAUGAAUGUGUUUUAAAAAUGUGGUCCACAAAUUCUCGUGGAGAUCGGAAAUUAUACUCGUCUUCCACUGUCUAUGUUCCGUGGGGCAUAUUUUGCGAUGCAUUCAGCCGCAGGCAGAACAGGCCGCGCUGUGCGGAACAGGCCUGAGCGACCUAGCAUUGCGCGAUUGCGCUAAUAGUACGACGCCCUACCUCGCAGUGGACUUAAGAGCGAAGUUCACUACGUUGUGCUGGCUCACCUGUCAGCGUUCAAAAUAAA